AUGUCAGACUCGAUAGCAAACGUGCCCUCCACCAUGAGGGCAUGGAUAUACUCCCAAAAAGGGCGUCCGUCGCAAGUCAUCCGGCUCGACCCGGCCUUUCCAGCGCCAUCGGUAUCUAGUUUGCAGGCUGGGGAGGUGCUCGUCAAGAUCACGCAUGCGACCUUCAACGCCGGCAACACGCUGCUCAUGCAAGCGUUACCGACAUUCCUCCGGAAGAUGCCAGCCAUCCCGGAGAUGGAGUUCUGCGGCACGAUCCUCGCGGCGGGAUCCAAUAUAGCAUCUUCGCGACCAGAGCUGGCGGUGGGUACUGUCGUGAUUGGGAUGUGUCCGUUGGGCGAGAUGUUCAGAAAGGGCCGUGGCGUGCUAGCGGAGUACUUGGCGACGACCGCAGAGGCGGUAGUUUCUAUUCCUCGCGGGAUCUCGACAACAGAGGCCGCUGGAAUCGGGGGUGUGGGAUGCACCGCCCUACAGGUGACAGAUCUUCUCGGCCUGAAACGAGGCCAGUCAGUCCUCGUCAACGGCGGUAGCGCCGGUAGCGGCGUGAUGAUGGUUCAGGUGGCCAAGUACCUAGUUGGUGAAACCGGCCGCGUCGUCGCGACGUGCUCUGCCGCAAACGCAGAACUGGUCAGAAGCAUCGGUGCCGACGAGGUCAUUGACUAUCGGGUAAACCAUCCGUUGUACGACUAUCUAAUCACACACUACGCUACACAGCGGUUCGACGCUAUCAUCGACUGCAUCGGCAUCCAGGAGCUGUACCUCCAUUCACCGGCAUACCUGUGUGAGGGUGGGAAGUAUCUCAAUAUCGGCGCGUACGCUACCAAAACGACUCUUGCGGGCGUAUUUCAAUGGACUUGGAAUCAAUACGCGAAUCGGUUCUGUCCGGUCUGGCUGGGUGGGAUUCCUCGCUGGUACAUGUUCUACAGCGCAACGCCAGACGUCCCGACGCUGAACCGAGUCCGGCAAAUGGUGGAAGAGGGUCACUUGAAACAGGUGGUCGACUCUGUCUGGGAGAUGGAGGAUGUGAAAAAGGCAUAUGAACGCAUGGAAAGCAAGCGAACAAGGGGGAAAAUCAUCAUCCAUAUCCAAGACUGA